AUCCCCUUGGACGGUAGAGGCGGCAGCGAGCUAGAGCCGGCGUCGCCGCUGCGGGCCCGCAGGGAGGCUGGGCGAGCAGGAGCGCGCUGGAACCUGGCCCAGGCUCGGCGGGCAGCUCUGCGUGCGACUGGAAAGAAAGUCUAUCAGAAUUUCUUUCCAAACCUGUCUUAGAAAUAAUAGCAGAUAUUAACCAGGAGAUUCAUGCUGCUAUGAGGAAAGAUUCAUCAGAAAUGACUGAUGUGGAGUCUGUGGUCACCAGUUUCGCAUCUUCAGCAAGGGCAGGCCGCCGGAAUGCCUUACCAGAUAUCCAAAGUUCAGCUGCUACAGGCAGAACCUCAGAUUUGCCAGCCAAACUGGAGGCUCUCAGCGUGAAGGAAGAUGUAAAAAAGAAAGAUGAAGAAACAACAAAAGAUCAAGUGGAAAACCCCCCAAAUGAAGAAAAAUGAAGACUCGCAACCUAUCAAAAGUGAUGAAUUUAUGCACAUUGAAAGACUUGGUGAUCCUGUUUUUCCUGAGAUGUUUGAUUUGGCAGUAACUGUGGUAACAUUGCAGUCCUAAGCAACAUGUAUGUAUUAGAUAAUUUUGUUGUGAUGUUACUGACUUGGAUUGCGAUCAUGAUGUGCAGUGUAAGCUAUUAAAAGGCAGGUUACUUCCAAACUGCACCCAAGGAAAAUGUAAAGAAAAUAUGACUGCUUAAAUAUAUAUCGUCUAUAAACUCAGCCACAUCCACUGGUCUCUUUAAAAUUUAUUUAGCCAGAUAUAUUUUUAACUCCAUUUUUAUGUAACAGGUAAACCAUUUCUUAGGAAAUUUAAAUCGAACACCAUUAAUUUAAAACUUUAUAUAAUUUGUAGUAAAGUGGUAUUUUGAUGAGAAGGAAUAAAAGAGUCAAAAAUCACAUGGGUAGUGUGUGUGUGUGUUUUUACCAAAAAAUGCACCAGAUUUUUGUUCUUUCUUUUUUUUUUCCAAAUCCUAAAAAGAUUUGGAAAAGUUGUAAGACUUUGGCAACAUAAAUAUCUUUUGGCGUUUUUGUCCGGUGUCUCUUGCUUCUAGUCUAUGUGAAUACUGUGAUUUUUCAUGUGGACCCUUAAAAUGUAAACUUCGUGAAAAAUUGUUUAUAUGAAACGUGCUUAUUAAAUGAAUUUCACUAUCUUCCUUAACUUCGGCAUAUGUAUGUGUGUGUGUGCGUAUGUUUUACUUUAUUGCAAAUUAUACGAAAUACUAGUUACUUUACACUGUCUUUUCUUAUUUUAAGAACUUUUGUUUAUGUAUAACUUAUUUCUAAAAUAAUUUCCUCAGGAAUGCAGACCUUAAUUUUUAUAUCUUUCCUAAGGUAGCUAAUAUCACAUUAGUAAAUGAUGUAAGUAGUAAUGGGAAGAUGCUUGUUUUUAAUAUAUAUUUAAGCAUAUAUUAUAAAAUGAACAAAACCAA